CGUGCACUACCAGCCGAGCUACUGUGCGUGCCCCGCCCUGCCCGUCGUGCCCCGCUGACGCCGCGCCGCAGAUCAGUUCCACGUGCACAUCGUGCACGUCGAGUACCAGGGCCUGCUCGGGAUGACCGUCGGCCAGGCGCACCUCCUCGACGACGUCAUCUCCCUGCUCGAGCUCAGCCCCGAGGACGUGCCCUCCGUCUUCGCGCGCAUGACGCUCACGUACGGCCUCGGCGACCAGCACGCGCUCUACACGCCGCUGCGCGCGGCCCAGCCCGAGGUCGACGGGCCCGCGGACGACUGACGCAGCGAUGAGGUGAACCAUGAUUCGCGUUCGGAACGAACCUGAAGCUAUCGCUUCGCGCGGGACCGUCGUCCCGCGCCGCUCCCGCUGCGGGAGCCCAGCCCGAUUUGGGCUCGGUGAGCGAGUCGAAACGACUCGCAGGUGCGUAAUACACCUGGGGCGAAGUGUGUACGGCCCCUUCGGAAGUGAUUCCGGAUCAGCAGGGACACAUCCUGCUACACUCUCAAUGCGAGAGUCGAGUCAGCUAGGCUUGAUAUGCAGACGCGAGUCCAGCUCGUGGCCUGUAUGCGGUGUG